AUGAACAAAUCCCAGGGAUCCGUUUCAUUCACGGAUGUGACCGUGGACUUCACUCAGGAGGAAUGGGAGCAGCUGGACCCCUCACAGAGGAUCCUGUACAUGGAUGUGAUGCUGGAGAAUUAUAGCAACUUACUGUCAGUGGAGGUGUGGAAGGCUGACGACCAGACGGAGAGGGACCACAGCAACCCAGAUGAGCAGGCGAGGCCAUUUAUCAUUUUUAAGAACCAAACCCCAAUUGAGGAGAGAGGUAAUCUCUUUGGAAAAACAUUUAAUCUCAGCACAGAUUUUGUUUCUUUAAGGCACGUACCCUAUAAAUAUGACUUAUAUGAAAAAACUUUGAAAUCGAAUUCAGACUUACUUAAUAAUAAUAGAAGCUACGUAAGAAAGAGAGCUGACGAGUGUAACGGAUUUGGAAAAGCACUCCUCUAUCUGAAGCAAGAGAAAACCCAUAAUGGAUUAGAAUACUCUGAAUAUAACAAAAGUGGAAAAGUCUUUAAAGAAGCCAUUUUUAAACAUCAGAAAAUUAGAAAUUUAGUACAACCUUUUAUUUGUAAUUACUGUGACAAAGCUUUCUCCUUUAAGUCACUCCUCAUUAGUCACAAGAGAAUACACACUGGAGAAAAACCUUAUGAAUGUAAUGUAUGUAAGAAAACCUUCUCCCAUAAAGCAAACCUCAUUAAACAUCAAAGAAUUCAUACGGGGGAGAAACCCUUUGAAUGUAUUGAAUGCGGAAAAGCUUUCACCCACCAGUCAAACCUCAUCGUACACCAGAGGGCACAUAUGGAGAAGAAGCCCUAUGAAUGCAGUGAUUGCGGCAAGACAUUUGCCCAGAAAUUUGAACUUACUACACACCAGAGAAUUCAUACGGGAGAACGACCCUAUGAGUGUAAUGAAUGCGCAAAAACCUUCUUCAAGAAAUCCAACCUCAUUAUACAUCAGAAAAUUCACACAGGGGAGAAACGCUAUGAGUGCAGUGAAUGUGGGAAGUCCUUUAUCCAGAACUCACAACUCAUUAUACACAUGAGAACUCAUACCGGGGAGAAACCCUAUGAAUGUACUGAAUGUGGCAAGACAUUCAGCCAGAGGUCAACCCUUAGAUUACAUUUGCGAAUCCACACAGGAGAGAAACCAUACGAGUGUUCUGAAUGUGGGAAGGCCUUCAGCAGGAAAUCCCGGCUCAGUGUCCAUCAAAGAGUUCACUUAGGGGAAAAGCCCUGAGAAUGGAGCCAGCCAGGACUGUGGAAAACCCUUCCACCCCAACCCUUGACCAUGGGGGAGAAACCGCACAAAGGUGCUGAAGGAAUAUGGAAAUUCAUAGUGAGAUACAAUCCAUCACAUCAAAAACAUGUAAAAACAGGGUCCCCUCAGAACAGUGUUAUACCCAGUUAGAUACGAUGCCCAGCUAAAUACACAUCAGCGUAUAUCCAAUUGUAAAUAGACAUGCUUAGAUGUAUUACAGUGAGCUUUUUAAAAUCUUGAAUUACUCAAGAAUGAAAUGUUCUGGUCAGCAGCAUAAAGGAUCAAUACCUUAGGAAUUUAGUGGUUAUGUGUGAUCCUAUCUUAGAUCUACACAUGUAAAUUUAACAGUUACUGGGAGUUUGAAAUUCUUGUCCUCUGAGACAGUUGGGGCACGAAUAAGAUUUUCCACGCUAAACAUAGCGUGUUUUUCAAUACCUUUCCGAGCCAGUAUGCAUUCCACAUGAAAUAGGUAACAGUUUCCUUGGCAUAUGGCCUAUGUUUUCUUCUACUGCUCGCUGGCAUAGAGAGUCGGUCUGACCAUCGUUAUUCCGCUGCCUCUUCAAUAAACAGAAGACAAUGUUGAAGUUCUAACUUGUUUCUGGGGUUGCUAAUCACAUCAAUAUGUAAAUGAGCCAUAAUUAAGAGGGGAUUUUGAGAGUGCAAGAGCACUGUGGGCCGGCACUCCGUGCAUGCCCCAGCUGAAGAGGCCCUGUCUCUAGCGCACAGUUGUUUCGCAGUGGGCUGUUUGUUUACGUACAAAUGCAUGUCUUUCAACAUAGUGUA